AUGGAGUCGGCUCCGAGGCCACCCUCUCCGCCUACCUUUAGAUCCCGGGUUAAGCGGUAUACGGAAGACACCCGGAACGUAGCGGCAUGGCUUCGCCAGACCGCUUUGAACUGCGGAUAUGCCGCCAGCACCGCAUCACCAAGCGUGGAAUCUUGUAACGGAAAGAAAGCCGAAUAUCUCAUCAAGACGUCUGAGUUCAUUCCCAUGGCUGAGGCCAUCGCGGCGCACAAACCCCAACCCACGAUUCCGCAAGAUGUAUUAGCCACAAUCUCCCGAGCUAUCAGACUGCGCCGCAGAGAAACCCGAUACGUCAAGUUAUUCGGCGCGAAAUGUAGGCAAAGUCAAUUUGGAGACAGCACACAUACCCAUUUCACCGAGAAGGUGCUGGGCAAGGUUCGAGACGUGCUGCGGCCAAUAGUCCAACCUACUGCACCUGAACCCCAGGCAACUACCGCACCGUCACUCAGCGAGAAGCUUGCUUCGUUUUUCGGUUCUGAAACCGACGAAGCCGAAAACAUCAGCGGUGAGCCUUUCAACAAUCUCACACCCGUAGACAUCGACUUCGAUGAUGUGGAGGUUGAAGACGAAUUCUUCUUGGCCAUUGAUGCCUUUAUGGAGGAUGUUUUCGUUAUGCGUCAAUACCUUGAGUACAUUUGGACUAUUUACAAGGAGUCUGUGCUGGAGAACAACGUCUGCUCGCUGUUGACGAAUACAGCAAUAGAUGUCGUUCGUCUAGCUGAAAAUGAAUUCGCUAAGCUGAUCAAGCGACCCAAACGCUUUCCGGAAGAUAAAUUUCCUGUCUGGACGCUUCCUGCUUUGUUGUUCUAUAAGCGGACCCCUACCCUGGAAGAGAGGUUUACGUACGAGGAGUUUUCGGGUCUGAUGCCAAUCAAGCUGCUUCGCAAGGACGUUGAGGACCAGAGCGAUUUCGCCUUGUUCUCGGUCUUUUCAGGGCUCAAAUGGUAUCUCUACACUACUCCCGAGCAAGGUCCCUGCACGCUUGACCCCGCUCGAUUCAAGCAAUCAGAGAUAAGCUGGCACCCGCACCUGCCUCGGGUCGUCGAGAUGUGCCAAAUGAUGCAGUGGCAAGCCGAUAUUCAGUUCUCUCCCGAGUUUGAAGGCUUUCCUGACGGCGUUGCUGAAGACGAAAUCGCGCGAGGUGUUCGGCAUAUGACUAAAUACAGAGAGAUUCCAAUCUGGGUGCAGUUCGCUGCCCAGACUUAUAUCGACAUUCAAGAUGUACUGGACAAUAUUAUGGAUGCGCCAUUGAAAGAGCUGCACAAGUGGGUGGCAACGUCCAGCUACAGAUUGAAUGAGUUCCUCUCUGACAAUGCCCGCCUCCGCACGUGGGAUCUUACAUUGCACGAGCAAUUCACCAAACUUACAGGAAGUCUUUCCAAGAGUCAACAAUCGCUAGAGCUUUAG